AUUCCCUCUAUCCCUUCCUCCUUCUCUUUCUCUUCCUAUUCCUCUUCCUCUUCCUCCUAUUUCUCUUUCUCUUUACCUCUGUGUUCCUUAUACUGUGUAUUCCUGUGUACGCACAACGGUAUUUCACUACUGACGAGCAGCGCGGAGAUCCCUUCCCAGCAUCGAGACGGGUUUGAUAAGCUUUAGUAAUCAAUCAUCGUUCUAUACUUCCCUCUUCUUUUGCAAGUUCAACGUUGGAUCAUCAACCCAUUUUCCAUCCUCUGUAUCCGUGACUUCUCAAAAAAAAUGAAAGACAUUUUGUUUGGGUGCAGCAAGCACAUCGCUCGAUAUGCAUACCUUCGCCGUGAUGUGGAGAACAUGGAAAAACUAUUGAAACAUAUUGAGGUCUCCUCUAAGUUGAUCGUUUUCAGUAGCAGAAACAAAUCGAACCGACUAGAGGCUCUUCUUUACGACAACCAGUUGGCUUUCUUGGAUAUUCAUAGGUUCAGUGUAUUUUCUCAACUACUUCAGAAGUGGUUGAUAUUCAAUACUUCGAUCGAAAGUGUCGUCAAAGAGAAGGGGAAGUACGACUGGGCAAAAAUCGAUGCCGAGCUCAAGGAAGUCUCUCUUUUCUGGUUGGGAAUGGACGAUUUGAAUGUCCUUGGCGGCGCUGACACCAAAACUUCCAAGGAAAUUACACCAUCUGCUGUCUGUCCUGUCCCCGUAUACGCCAUCGACAUCAGUAAAUCUGACGUUUUAUGCAAGUUUGUGGAUUCUCAACUGGUAAACUCGAACUCGGAUUACCGGUAUUCCGAGGGUAUGCCAGAGAUCAUGCAGAUGGAAAACGAAUUGGCAACCGUCUACGCGUACUCGAAGACUUUUGUUGAUUUCCUAUCCAAAAAUAACUUUUGUCCUUCCUGUGGGGGGCAUGUCAUUCCGGUUGAGCUUGGCUCCAGACUCUACUGUUUGGGUGACUCGCCCUACCCGGCUGCUGCUGAGUGCAAAGUGAACCUAAAAUCAAACAACGUACAAUAUCCACGUACAGAUCCUUGUGUGAUUAUCGCUCUCUCCGACGACACCGGUCGUGUGUUACUUGGGAACAAUAGUCAAAGGCAUCCUACAACCUCGGAAUCCAUUGUGGAUGAAGUUACGGGUAAGAAAGUUGAGUGGAAAAAGAGAUUUUUUUCCUGCUUUGCCGGAUUCAUGGAACCUGGAGAGACUAUUGAGCAUGCUUGCGUGAGGGAGGUCUAUGAAGAAACUGGUCUCAUAUUGCAAGAGAAGGACAUCAGUAUCAUAGAAAGUCAGCCUUGGCCCUUCCCUGCCAGUUUAAUGAUUGGCUGUAUUGGGACGAUCAGCCGAGAAGAGGCAGUUGACUCUAAGAUAAAUGUCCACUUAGAUGACGAGCUGGAACAUGUCCAGUGGUUCGAUAGGGCCGAGGUGGCAAAAGUGGUCUCCAGAAAAGGUAAGGGUUUCCUUUCACGUACAGAAACUGUUGUAGAAGAGUGGUUCUGCCCACCUAAAGAAAGUGUUGCGGGGAGAUUGAUUGACCAUGUAGUGCAAACCAAUAAAGAUCCUACUGCCGAUAACGGAAAGUUCUAGAAUUAUUAUAUAACCUGGCUCAUCUCUAGAAAUUCACAUUUUUCACGACAAUCGUGGCAUGCGGUUCCUUCUUACGAUUACUGACUUCAGGCUCAAAACUACUUGUCAUUUCGAUACCCUCUACAGCAGAAGAAUCGCUGACAGUAUCAUCUUCAUCUUCAUCUUCGAGAUUACCUUUAGGGCCUUGGUACCAAUUUUUGGCAUCCAAAACGUACCAAGUUCCGGAA